GCCCCUGAAACCUCCUCGAGCAUCCGGCUCUGAGCACAGCAGUGCCUUCACCACAGCAGGCACUGAGCACACCACAACAGGCACCAGCUGCGUGGCCACCGCCAUGGAGCCAAGCGUGCGGGAGCCGCUGGUGAGGAGGUCAAGCUCCUCAUACCACACCUUCCCUGAGAGCAUCAGAAGGGGGCUGACCAAGGAGUACCUGCAGAGCCUCAACAACAAGCGGCUCUACAUGGCAGUGUUUUCUGCCGUGCUGGGGAAUUUCAGCUUUGGCUUCGCCCUGGUUUACCCCUCACCUGUGAUCCCUGCCCUGGAGGCUCACCCCAACCCUGCGCUGAGGCUGGAUCGCUACAGAGCAUCCUGGUUUGGGUCUGUGUUCAUGCUGGGGGCGGCAGCAGGGGGGCUCAGCGCCAUGCUCCUCAAUGACCACAUGGGCCGCAAGCUCAGCAUCAUGUUCUCAGCUGUGCCCUCCGCCGUGGGAUAUGCACUGAUGGCCAGUGCUCAGGGCAUCGAGAUGCUGCUGCUGGGCCGCGUACUUACAGGCUAUGCUGGUGGUGUGACGGCUGCUUCCAUCCCGGUCUACAUCUCUGAGAUCUCCCACCCUGGGGUGCGAGGCAUGCUGGGCACGUGUCCUCAGAUCAUGGCAGUGCUGGGCUCCCUCAUCCUCUAUGCCCUGGGGCUGCUCCUGGACUGGCGCUGGCUGGCCGUGGCAGGGGAAGUGCCUGUGCUCACCAUGAUCCUCCUGCUCUGCUUCAUGCCCAACUCGCCCCGCUUCCUGCUCUCCCAGGGGAAGGAGGAUGAGGCCCUGCGCUCGCUGUGCUGGCUGAGGGGCAGGGACACAGAUUAUGCCCAGGAGUACGAGCAGAUUAAGGACAGCGUGAGGAAGCAGAGCCAGCGGAUUUCCUGUGCUGAGAUCAAGGAUCCCUUCAUCUACAAGCCCAUCCUGAUUGCUGUGGGGAUGAGGUUCCUGCAGCAGCUCUCUGGUGUCACCUGUGUCCUCGUGUACCUGCAGCCAAUAUUCAAGAAAAUGGCUGUCAUCCUGAAACCAGAGUACGAUGCAGCUCUCGUGGGCCUGGUACGGCUGUUCUCAGUGGCAAUUGCUGCUGUGUCAAUGGAUAAAGCUGGGAGGAAGAUCCUUCUCUUUGUGUCGGCUGGAGUCAUGUUGGCCUCCAACCUGACCAUGGGGCUCUACAUCCACUUUGUGCCAUCUUCUGAGAACAGCACCAUCGCCAACAGGACCCUGGGGAGCCUUGCCAGCCCUCCUGCUGAGCCCAUCCACUACAUCACCCUCAUCCCCCUCCUGGCUGCCAUGUUCUUCAUAAUGGGCUAUGCCAUGGGCUGGGGGCCCAUCACCUGGCUGCUGAUGUCAGAAAUCCUCCCUCUGAAAGCCCGUGGGGUGGCAUCCGGCCUCUGUGUCGUCGUGAGCUGGCUGACAGCCUUUGCCCUGACCCAGCUCUUCCUUGGGGUUGUGGAGUCCUUUGGCCUCGAAGUGCCAUUCCUAUUCUUUGCUGUUAUCUGCGCUGGGAAUAUUUUAUUCACAGGCUGUUGCGUUCCAGAAACCAAACGGAGAUCCCUGGAACAGAUUGAAGCCUUCUUCAGGACCGGUCGGAAGUCAUUCUUGAGGUCGUUCAGGAGAUAGGAGCUGCUGGCUGCACCAGGCCAUGUGCUCAAGGGCUAGAAAGAAAAGCGUUGUGCUGAUAGAGGUGGACCCUGGAGAUCUUUGCAAAGAUGGUGCUCCCCCACAAAGGGGAGACAACAGGCAGCAAUGACUGUAUUGCUUUGGAUGUUGAAAUUGCCAGCUGAAGCUUUGAAGAUAUUCUCAUCCCAAGUCAGUCAGCACUAUGUAUGGCUCUCCAGGCAGCACAGCAGCAUGAGGUAUAGGACCACAUAACCAGCACCAGGCUGGAUGUAAAGUUGUCCUGGAAAAUACAAGGUGUGGCUGUGGACACAGAGCCACCCAAGCAGCCCAAGAGCCCCAGGCUUUGGCUGGAACAGAGUUAACAGCUGCUGCUGUUCUGGCAAGCACCCAGCAUGUAGUUGCAAGAAUAAAACUGUUUUGCCUCCAACUACAAGAUGUUGCUUUGAAUUGCAGAGAAGAGCUGCAGGUGGGAUGGGAGAGGCAGAUAAGGGCUGUGAGGGGGGAUCACAGCAUCCUGCUGCCUCCCAGGUGAGUCUCACUGCUUGAAGUCUUCAAAAAGGCAGAGCCCAAUACUUUGUAUAAAAAGCUGCCACAUUUUAUUGCUCUAAAAACACGUUACACUAGAAGCCUAAUGAACAAGACCAACCACAGUUCACAAAGAAAACUCAGGACAAAGCACAAAGACUGGGAACAGACAGACAUUCAGCUGUAGUGCAAGUGAUUCCCUGCAGGAAAGACACAGUUGGUACAGACAAUGCUUUGUAGUGGGGCAGGUCCUUCCCUCCCCAGGGUUUUACAAAGAAGGAAGGUGGAUGUGCCUCCAUCACAACUGUGUGUAGAGCCUCCACCUCCAUCACUUUGAGAUUUCAGCUGCAUAGUUAGUAGCAAAUUGCUCUUACCCCUUUCCUGAUGUCCUGCGUGGUUAAGGUCUUAUUUUAAGUAAAGCACAGUGCAAGAGGUGGUUAUGGCUGUAAGGAACAACUGGCCUUGCUGAGAAUUGCCUGACCUGGCUCUCCCCAGAGGGGCAGAAAGACAUAACAACGUGCCCUGAGCCUAGAGAUCAUCUGCCCAAGCACUUGUCAGCCUGCUGAAAUGCUCAGGGCAAGCUGAGAGUUGUGGAUAAGCUUGUAUCCUCCCUUCCUGCCAAGGAAUCAGGAGGCAGUGCAGAGUAUGUAACUGAGAUCUCAGGAACUACUAACUACUUUUAGAUCCCCUGCAGCAGGAGGUGCAUCUCACCUAAGAGAAGAUGUGCUUUAUCAGAGGAUUAAUUUAAAGCAGCCAAGGACAGAGGAAGAGAGAUGGGCCAAAAUCAAAACACAGAAUUUUCAGUAUUAAACUCAACCUUUGCAGCUGAGAUCUUUCCAGAAAGAUGUCCAGACCUGGCUGGAGCAUGACUGUUUCUAAGCAUGGCCUGACAUCUCAAGAGCCUCUGGUUUCCACUGACCUUCAGCAGAUCAGGCUCUCUGGCAGCCCUGUCCUACAGCAUUCUCCUCCUCACAUGGCUAUGGACCAGGUCUUGAUAUCCUUACUUCAGUGAAACCUUUCCCUGCAGACAGUGGAUGUUUUUUCCUGAAGAAAAAGAAAAAAUGACAAAGAUGAAUUGAGCUUCCCAGGGCCAAAGGAGGAAAUGCCCAAAUAUGAAUCGAGGUUGGGCUCUCCAGGUCCUGAGAGAACCUCGUUGGAGAAGUAUUUGCUGAGUGACCUUCUUUCUUCCAUACAGAAAGUCUGAGGGGUUUUGCUGCAUUUGGAGUGAGAAAUCACAGUGGCUCUUUCCAGAGGUAGAAUGGUCUUUUUAUUCACUGCACACACAGAGGAUCAGUUUGCUCUUACAAAAUCAGCUGCUGCUUAGAGCAGCAAGGUGUGGGCAUACAGCAGAACGAGAGGUUCUGCUCUUUGCAUGCCCAGUGGAGAGCCCCUGGGGAACCUGGAGCACAUAUGCACAAGUGCAGCACUUUUUGUGACCAAAUGGAGCAGUUGCACGCUGUAUAAAUGUGCUUGGUAAGAGAAGUGCACAGCUCAGACAGGAACGGUGUAACAGCCCAUUUCUGAGUGCACAUUUACUGCCAGUACCCAGCUGUCUUUCCAUACUCACUGCAGUCAAUGUAUCACCUGCUCCUGAGGUCUCACGUAACAAAAAUUCUGUCCCAUCCUCCCCUCAAAGGCCUCUCUGAGACCUGGCAAGCAGAACCUCAUCCAUGGAUGCCCCUUAGAUGCACCGACUGAGCUGAGCCUAUCAGAUCACUACAGUGGUGCUUUUCACUUCCCACUCUUGCACAGCUCCAAGCUGGUGCCUCUAAACACAACUAAUAACCACCAUGCACUGUGAAUGGGCACAUUAACUACUGUGAUACUACUAGUCUAAAAGUCUUCCUAUUGCCACAAAAACAAAUCUCUCACCCACACUGAGGAGAGAACAUCCACUAACACUCUACCACUCCUGAAAGCCAUGGGUGCAGCAUGCAGACUCCACCAGGCUGUGGCCACAGCAAGAGCAGCAUCUAGUUUGUGUUCUGCUGCACCACAGCCAGCAACAGUUCCAACAGGAGCACCCAGUACAGUUGUGCUCACCCUGAUACUGCUGCCUCUGUCUGCAAUGUUCCUCUACCAAAUGCUACUAAACUACUGAAAACCCCCUGAAAUCAAAUGUGGGUGCUCUACUCAUGGGGCAGGGUGCUGCUCUGCAACCACUCCACGAUGCUGCACGUGGAUGCAAGGAGCAGAGAGGCCUUGGCCACUAGCAGGGGUCCCUGCAGUGCCUUCAUAGCAAAGGCAGCAUGGCAGGUUGCAGUCCCUGCACACACACACAGACAGAAAGCCAACACCCCGCAUACUGCACACAGCCAAAGGACCAGCCAAGAGCUGGGAGGCUCUGGAACAGCAAAACUUAUUAAUCUAGGCUGGCAGUUCUGUGCCCCAGACAAGCUGGUGUCAGAGCAACUACAGCACAGAGGCCCGGGGGGAAAGGGCUUAGCACAAAGCAGCUGCCCAGCAAGGCCCUGUGCGUGCAAAUCAACACACACCAGAUUCCUGCCUGGUGCAAAUCUUCACACCUCCUUGAACUCCAGCAAAGAACCAACAAGGAGCACUCGCUGACAGCUUAACCCCCGGGCCUCCAGGGACAGCAUUGCUCCUGCUGCAAUGCCCACAUGCACCAGUGCCCUCCAGCAGCAGUUUUCCUGAACUGCAGUGUGACCCCCCUGCCCCCCCAGCACCCCAGUAACACAAAGGGGAUCCUGAGGUGUGAGCAGGCAGCAGGCAUGGGGUCAGAGCUGCUGCCUACUUCCACUGAGCACCAGGCCCAGCAAGGAGAGCCAUCUCCUGUCACUGCAAUCAGACAAAGGGAUCAAAGGACAGCACGCUUUCCAGAGACCCCUGAAAUGAGAUGAUGCACUCUGAUGAGUCUCAUCAAAAUACGUAAAUAAGUAGAAAUAAAUUAUUCUCCCUUUUCCUAAGUAAAACAGAUGGCCAUCACGUAAAAACAAAUAAAUUAAUCCCUCCCCUCCCAUCCCCCAGAAGAAACUGUGAUGAGAGCUGGGGGACCUGGACCCGAUGAGCAGUUCUAUUCUGCCUCAAACAAAGCAAACAGAAUCCAAAGGCAGCACUGCUGAUGGUGCGUGGAACAAAGCAGCACCCCACAAAAAUGGGAUUUUCCUGUUUGCAAAGCAAGGAUUUGCCUCCUUCCCAUACAAAACCAGCCCGGGACUGAUGCAAAAAAGCAUGAGCCCGAUGAGAAAGGCUGUACAGACAGAAGCCAAGGGCAGGUCUCACGCUCAGAACAGACUGCAGGAGCAGACACAGGAAGUGAGAGAACAGAGCAGUGUCUGUCUGGGCUCAGAGGGGACUCACUUGUACAUCAGCAACCAUCCCACCUGCAAACAGCCUCCGUUUGCCUCAAGCAACGCAAUCCUUUUUCAGCUUUGCUUCUCUUCUUUCCCAAUAAAAGAGUGAAGCUGAAGUACCCUUAUUAAGACUACAUAAUUAAUGCUUAUAAUUCAAGUAAAUUGCAUUAUCUGCCUGAAGCUGUAUCCAGAGAAAGGGCAGACUGUGCUUCUCUCCUCUGGAGGCAUCACUGUGUUUAUGCGUGGUUUUUUUUUUUGCUGGAAGUCCUUUACUGUGCAGAGAUGCCUCCAAUGUCCGACCUAACCGGACCCAUAUUAAAACCUGCAUGAUGAAAAACACCAAGUGCAAGCAUCAGCAGGUACUGCUAAACACUGCUUCUUGUUUUAUGCCCGGAAUGAGCCACACCAGAGUGUGAUGCAUUACAUGUCAUGUGCAGCAGCACCCUGGGCAUGAGACCUCUGGAGCCAAGGAGCUCCAAGGGCAGUCCUCAGAGAAUGUGCUGCCCACACACAGUCCCCAGCAAAAUGUGAUGGGCAUCAAAACAGAGAAAGGCUACGUAUUUAGGCUUAUACAGCAGCACUCAAAGGGCCAGCAUCUCUGCCGAAAGAAAGAAAGAAAGA